AUGGGACGACGACCAAGUAACACCACGAAAACGGGUCGUUUCAUGAACCCGGCCGACCAGGAGCGGAAGUACAUGCGAUUGAAGGAGCUGAAAAGGAACCGCAAGCAGCGGACAAUGACUUACACUGAUAUAAUGAAUUUGUACAAGCAGGAGAAACGUGAUGAUAUUGUUAAAGAUUUGGAAAAGAAGUUGGCGAAGUAUGAAGAGCAGAGAAACCGAAAAAUACAGCAGUACAAUGCGCAACGAUUUUCGCUGGAAACCGAUCCUGUGGAAAUUCCACUGCCGGAUGGCACCUCAGUCCCAAAUGCAGCUAUGACACCUGUUGCUCCUGCCAUACCAGCUCAUUUUCUAAUACCACGUAUUUCCGUUGGUAUUUUGAAGAAUGCGCAAGCCGAUCAAGGCGAUUUCCAGCGAGCGGAACCUCCAGGCCCUCCCUGUGGCCUACCCCCGUUUCUCGGAUCUGAAAGUGAUAGUGAAAUUCUCCCAAAGCGGCGUGUUCGAUUUAAAGGUGUCCCAGACAGUACCGCUAAGGAUGCAGCAGAACCCGCAGCAUCUGUAUUAGCACCGGCUGAAAACGAUCUCGGCCCCAUUGAGAGUAGGCGGAUUCACCUUUUUUCCGUCACAUCUCAAGCCGUUAUCUUUGUUGCAGUUCCCACAGAAAUAAUGCAGCAGAAGGGCAAUCCAGUGAUGGGGCCGAUGAUUCCACAAAAUCUCUUACUGCGUGCGCCACCCACGCCUCCGAAAAUUUUAUUGCCGCUCCCUCGCCUUCCACUUCACGCACCUCCUCCACCACCGAAUUUUCCUGCACCUGGUUUGCCACAAUCUUUUAUGCGCCAGCCGAGCAGCAGCUCGGCGAUCACUGCUAAACCAGUUGUGCGACAAAUCGAAGAGUCGGAGCAGUCAAAAGACAACAGCGAAGCAACAAUCUCAGCAGGGCCAGAACUGAGAGAUUUGGCAAGAGAAGUUACAAAGUUUGUGCCAACGGUACUACUGGUCAAUCGAAACAAAAAGAAGCCGAAAAAGGCCGCUUGCAAGUAA